CCUUUGAGCUCCUACAGUACAAUCAACACAAAAAUGUCAUCCACCUUCUUGUCUUCACCACCAUCAAUCCUUCAAUUCACAGAAAAAGCCACCACCAUCUCCACCCUCCGUCAAUCACACGCUUACAUGCUCAAAACCGGUCUCAUUCACGACCCUUUUUCCGCCAGUAAACUCAUUUCUUCAGCCGCUUCUUCUCCACACACCCUCUCAUAUGCUCACUCCAUUUUUACCCACUUACAAAACCCCAAUUCAUACUCUUACAACUCGUUAAUUCGAGCAUACGCCAAUACCCACACCCCUGAAACUUCACUCACUCUCUUUUUCCACAUGUUGUUUGAUGAUGAUGUUGAACCGGAUAAGUAUACUUUCACGUUUGUGUUGAAAGCUUGCUCGGUUGCUAGAAGUGUUAGUGUUGGGGAACAGGUUCAUGGGCAUGUGAUUAAAGUUGGGGUUGAGGAUGAUGUGUUUGUUUGUAACACUUUGAUCCAUAUGUAUGCAAAAAGCGGGUGUUUUGAGGUUGCGCGUAAGGUGCUCGAUGAAAUGCCUGAGAGAGAUGUGAUAUCGUGGAAUGCGGUUUUGAGUGCGUAUGUGGAUGUGGGUAUGAUGGAGUUUGCGCGUCGGGUGUUUGAUGAAAUGCCUGAGAGGAAUGUGGAGUCUGGGAAUUUUAUGAUUUCCGGGUAUGUUAACGAUGGGUUGGUUGGAGAAGCGAGAUGCGUGUUUGAUGGUAUGGAUGUGAAAGAUGUCGUUUCUUGGAACGGGAUUAUUACGGGGUAUGCUCGUGAUGGACAGUUUGAUGAGGUGUUUUGGCUUUUUGAAGAUAUGCAGAAGGUAGGGAUGGUUCCUGAUGAUUACACGCUGGUUAACGUGUUGUCGUGUUGUGCGCGUGUGGGUGGUUUGAGCCAAGGUGAAUGGAUUUAUAGUUACAUUAAUAGAAACAAGAUUUCGGUGGGUGGGUUCUUAGCCACUGCUCUUGUCGACAUGUACGCAAAAUGUGGGUGUAUCGAAAAGGCGUUAGAAAUCUUUAGUAAAACAUCAAACAAAGAUAUUAGCACAUGGAAUUCAAUGAUUACCGGAUUCGCCCUUCAUGGCUAUGGAGGACGAGCGGUAGAAACAUUCUAUGAAUUAGUAACCGACGGUUUUAAACCCAACGAGGUGACUUUCGUUAGCGUUUUAUCGGCUUGCAGCCGUUCUGGUUUACUAGAUGAAGGUUACAAGAUGUUCGAGCUUAUGGUGCACACAUAUGAUAUCAAGCCCACCAUAUCACAUUACGGAUGCAUGGUUGACUUGCUUGGCCGGUUUGGACUGUUGGACGAGGCUGAGAAACUUGCGAAACAAGUUCCGUUUGAAGAGUCUCAGGUGGUUUGGGAGUCUCUUUUGGGUGCUUGCAGAAAUCACAAUGAUGUUAAUAUGGCAGAGCGCGUAACCAAGAAGCUUCUAGAAUUGGACCCCCGUGACAGUGCUGGUUAUGUUCAGUUAUCUAAUGUUCAUGCAUCUAAAGGUAGGUUUGAUGAUGCCGUAGAGUUGAGAAGGAAGAUGAGGGCACAAGGUGUGUAUAAAGAUCCCGGUUGCAGCAUGAUUGAAGUCGACGGUGUUGUUCAUGAGUUCUUAGCUGGUGAAGGAAUGAUCUUGUAGCAUGAAUGUCAUUAGAAGAUGAAUGCAUUAUUAGGUUGUACGACGUCCAUAUGGAUUUGUACAGUAGAUGCCUGAUUAACGAAUCCGGUGACUGUUGAAUUUGAGUGAGAAACACCCUUUUAACUUGAGAUGAAUCCUAAAAAUCGUGUCACAUACAUGAGUGCAUGCAUAUUCAUGGUUUAACACGACUCAUUAACCUGCGAGAUGGUUUGACAAAGUCAUCCGACAAAACGACCACCAAACCUCCGUUCUCACCGUCUUCAAUUCCCGCAACCACCGUAUGAGUAAACCCUAAUCCUAACUAAACCCCAACUUUAAAGCCUGAAAAUCACUGUAAUUUGUCAGUAAUUGGCAUCCAAUGAAGAAGGGGCCAUGCAAAGAAGGGGAUGUUGACUGCGUUGAAGUAUCGGUUCUCCAUCCAGAUCUUCCGAUCACAACUACGAUUCCGUUGUUUAGAGCUAUGGCACUCUUCGAUUGAUUACCUGUUCCGAAAGAUAAAGAGGUUUUAAUUUGUUACAGUUGAAGUUUGAUGUUGUUCAGGUUCGCAUAGAAACGAAUCCAGCUGCUAGAACCUGAUCACGCAUGAUAGUGGCAUGAGAGAACCCCAAACUAACAUUUGAGUAUGCAUUCGGUUUUGAUAUUAUCUGGUUGAAUGUCAACAAAGGCCGAAUCUUUGUGAUCACUAUCUUUUAUUCGGUUUCGCAAAACAAUAACUCAACAGACUUGGUGAAAUAUUGAAUUGCCACAAUCUUUUUCCAUUUAAUCAAAAUUAGAGGUGUAUGUAUGGGAAUAUAGUUUGGUGAUCGAGUUAGGAAUGAACUCGGUAAUGAGUCAAGUCAAAGUUUUCGUGUUUUU